AUGUUUACUGACGCGACUUCUACUUUGUUUACUAUUAGUGCACACGCCAUGUCCAAGGAAUCGCAUUCAACCUCACACCACGACAAUAAGUCUGCCUCCUCCCAGCAUGUACGCAAAUGGAGCAAGAUCUUCAACUUUUUUCGGUCGUCCAGCUCAGAGUCCAAGGCCAAGCAGUCCCAGAGCACCAAGGCAACUCUUCAUCACCUCUCAAUUGUCAGCGCCGAGUACAGUGUCGACAUCGACCAUUCAAUCUCCACCACAGAGAUUAAGAGCCUUGCCUCCAAUGCCCAACCGCCAACUCUGCCGACCGGGCCGCGCUUGAACAUCUUCCCGCAAAAUAUCAAACCACCUGUCGUCCUCAUCACUUUACCCAACUUCGGUGCUAGCAUCGACACCACUCCUCAGCUUGCCUUAUGCAUUGGCUUGCUCCCCAAGGUCGGCGAUCCCACCAACCAGCAAGAGGAUCCCUCGCAGGUUUUGUCCUCUGGCACUGUUGCCCAACUUGCCUGGAUCAAUUCUAUGAAGCAAGACCCCAUUGAGCAGGAACGUCUGCGUUGGCUAGGAGCUCGCAUGGUGGAUGAGUUUACGAAAGACACAUCCAAGGACUCGACCGAAAUCGCGGAAAUGGUUCUCAUUGGGCCAAUGCUCGACAACGAACACUAUCGCAGGCUGCUGUCGUGCACCAUCACGGCAUUCGACCACGCUGUUCUAGAUGUCGAUUUGCUUCAAGGUCUGGUGCAAUUGGUCCAGUCUGCUCCCUCAGAGGCUCUACUCCCUGACGACCUGGUCAAGAUCCUCCGUAUACUCAGAGUUCGCCUGCAGGACAUUCACCAGCAGUCGUCUGUUCAUCCUUUCCAUCUCACUUUGGCUGUCUCCAGGCUGCUUGAUGUCAUGGCGGAGCACAAGGUCAAGGACUUGGAUCGAGUCGAGGAGCACGAACCUCUGUCUGGGGUGUUGUCGGGUUUGAAGGCCAGCUCAGAUCCCUACUUGAUGUAUCAGGCAUGCUACGCGUUCCAAGCACUACAGUAUGUGCCAAACAAUGAAUCGCCACUGCAAGCAGUUCUCAGGCAUUCUACCGGGGUUGUGGAUGGGCUCGUCAAGGUUUCGGCCGUGUUCAAGCUGGAUCUGGGAGCAGUUCUCGAGGGACUCGGCAAGCUGCAGGAGACCCUUGGUGGUGUCGUUGAGGUUACUGGUAGUGUCUAUGAUGGCGCCAGGUCGCUGAUGGAGAGUGGCCGAAGUGUGCUUGAGAGCAUGAAGGAGGGGCUCGGGUUAGGGCAGAAGCGUCCGUGGUACACUGCUAUUCGUGCCGCUUACGCCCUUGCUCAAGCUGGUCAACUCAAAGAUCUCAACACGCUCAUCUAUGAGGCACCCUGUCGCCGCGACCCUUUGUUCCAAUGGGGCAUUUGCCAACUGCUGGGCGAGAUCGCAUCCGACACCAUCUGGGAUACCAGCGUCCGCCUGCAAGCUAUUGCUCUUAUUGGAGAGCUGUACAGGGACGAUUCAGAGUGGGACCAGGAUGAGAGCGUCAGGACCUGGAUGCAAAACAUCAUCCGCCAACUAGGAGCCACUGCUGACCAGGUCGUCAGUACCAGUGCAUUUGCCCUAUCGAAGUACCUCAACCAGGACCAGGACACCGCCGCCUAUCUUCCUUACCCACUCAGGAACCGCCUUCAUCUGCCUGCAUCGUCUCCGACGCUCGCUCGCGUUCAAAAUAUCCCUCCUCUCGAAUAUGAUCUCCACAAGCACAAAGCCCUGAGGCUGGAGCAGAGCCGCAACUCACUCUACAUCCAACCACUCGCCAAAGCCAACCUGAGGGCCAAGGACGAAGACACCUUUCCUCUCCUGGAGAAAGUACUGGAGUUCCUGGCAAGCGAGCGUCAAGUGAUGUUGACCUUAGGCGACUCUGGGUCUGGGAAAUCGACAUUCAAUCGCCAUCUCGAGCAUCGACUCUGGACCGACUAUAAGCAGGGCGGACCCAUCCCAUUAUUCAUCAGUCUUCCCACCAUUGACCGCCCCGACCAGGACCUGAUCGCCAAGCAGCUGAGGGCCAACAACUUUAGCGAUGACCAGAUCCAAGAGAUGAAGCAGCACCGCCAACUCAUCCUUAUUUGCGAUGGGUACGACGAGAGUCAACAAUUGGUCAAUCUGCACCGGACCAACAUGCUGAACCAACCAGGACAGUGGAACACCAAGAUGGUCAUCAGCUGUCGCACCCAGUUCCUCGGAACCCCGUACGAAGAUCGCUUCAAGCCGCUGCCGGCAGAUCAUUACGCUCCUGGUUCCCAGGAUCUAUUCCAGGAGGUCGUCAUUGCUCCAUUCUCCGAGGACCAGAUAGAGAAGUAUGUCGAGCUGUAUGCGCAGGAUCCACAGCCUGCGCUGGCAUUCAGUGAUCAGGCUGUGUGGUCGGCGAAGGAGUACAUGGACAAACUGACAACGAUCCCCAAUGUCAAAGACCUCGUCAAGAACCCGUUCCUCCUCACGCUUGCUCUCAAGGCUCUGCCUCGUCUGGUCGCCUCGAAUAAAGACCUGUCGAGCAUUCGUGUCACCCGAGUUGGACUCUACGACAUGUUUAUUGAGCAGUGGCUGAAGAAGAAUCAACUCCGUUUGUGUAUGAGCACACUGGACAAGGAAAAAUUGACGGUAUUCAACUCGCUGGUGGAAGGCGACUUUAUUGACUGCGGGAUCAAUUACCUGCUACGACUCUCUGUGGCAAUCUUUCAGGAGCAGGACGGAAACCCGGUCGUUCAGUAUAUUCAUCGACAUGACAAGGAGUCCUGGAAGGGAGCGUUCUUUGGUACUGGCCUCGAAGCCAAGCUGCUCCUUGAAGCCAGCCCAUUGGUGCGCACCGGCAACCACUACCGCUUUGUUCAUCGUUCCAUGCUUGAGUAUUUCUUCUCACGCGUCAUUUACAACCCGGCCAAGGUUGACGAGCAAGACUUUCACUCCUCAAUUGAGACUAUAUCCUCAGCCUCCCUUUCAUCCGACACCAAUGGCCCUUUAUUCCAGAGAAGCUUGCUUGAGGAGCCCUCGAUUAUCCAGUUCCUGUGCGACCGCGUGAGGCUCCACUCGGAUUUUGAGCAAAAUCUCCGCGCUAUCAUCGACCAGUCCAAGACCAGUUCCAAUGCCACCAUCGCCGCUACCAACGCUAUCACGAUCCUGGUCAGAGCCGGUGUGACCUUCAACAGUGCAGAUCUUCGCGGCAUCAAGAUCCCUGGCGCCGAUCUUUCCGGCGGGCAGUUCGACUCUGCACAGCUCCAAGGAGCCGAUCUGACGGGUGUCGAUCUCUCGAGGAGUUGGUUGCGGCAAGCGGAUUUAAGCCAUGCGCGGCUGGAGGGCGUCCGGUUCGGAGAGUUGCCAUACCUCAAGGUGGAGGGUACUGUAUGGGCCUGUGCCUACUCGCCUGACGGAAGGAUGCUUGGAGUGGCGUUAUGGGGUGAUGGCCUUGGCAUCGGUAUUUUCGACACCUCUACAUGGCAACGAAUUCAUUUAAUCACAGCCACCGAGUAUGUCAUGUCUGUUGCGUUCUCGCCUAACAGCCAACGAAUUGUAUCUGGGGACAUGAAGGGAAUGGUUCGGUUGUGGGAUUGCACAAGCGGCGAGGGGUUACUAGUUAUGACGGGGCACACUGACAUCAUACGCUCAGUGGCAUACUCGCCUUGUGGGAGUCGUAUUGCCUCUUCCAGCGACGACAAAACGGUGCGAUUGUGGGAUUCGGAGACGGGAGUGUGCUUCUUUGUUUUGAAAGGCCAUAUUGGCAUGGUUUUGAGCGUCAAGUUUUCCCAUGAUGGACGUCAGCUUGUAUCAGGCAGUAACGAUGGAACGAUUUGGUUUUGGAACUCAGGGACAGGAGAGCCAGGGAUCGUCUUGAGUCCUUCGUUGGGAGUGAUUGCCAGUCUUGCCAUUUCUCCUGACGGCCGAUGGAUAGCUUCCGGUCACGAGGAUGGCAAUGUGCGUCUGUGGGAUAUGGUCUCUGGUAGCUCAGGUCCUGUCCUACAAGGCCAUGCCGAGGCUGUUGAGGGAAUCGCAUUCUCUCCGAACGGUCAAUUGAUCGCUUCUGCCAGCUUGGACCGCUGGGUAAUAUUGUGGGACGCAUCGACAGGAGACUUUAUUUCCAAGUUAGACGGUCAUUCAGGCUUUGUAUUGGAUGUUACCUUCUCUCCGGAUGGCCUUACCAUUGCAUCGGUAUCUAACGACAGGACAGUGCGACUAUGGGAGGCGAGCUUUAGUCCCUCCAGCGUUGAGAUACAAGAUCAAAUUGGUGACGCUCGGAAGGUGGCCUACUCUCCCGAUGACUCAUCCUUGUUCUCUUUCUUCCGCCCAUGUGCUUUCCGAGAAGGGGAUGAUACAACUGGAACGCACAUAUCAGUGUCGAUUGAGCUGUCUGACCCAGAGUCGAUCUGCAGCCAGGCGUUUUCAUCGGACGGUAGGCGAAUCGCAACAAGUUACUUGGAUGGUUCAGUGCGAUUGCGGGAUCCCAGCACUGGUGCAGCAGGACCGGUCUUGGAGGGGCAUUCGAGCCCGGUGUGGAUUCUUGCUUAUUCAACCUGUGGUCGCUGGAUCGCCUCUUCCGACGACGAUAGUAUUGUAUUGUUAUGGGACCUUCGUGAUACGGAGCGGCGGUAUGUUCUUGUUGACGCGGGCGCAGGCGAUGACAGCGAAAUUGAAGGCUUGAAGUUCUCACCAACAGGACAUCAAAUUGCUGUCUGCUCGAAUGGUGGAAUGGUCUGGCUUUUCAAUCCUGAGACAACGGUACUCUUGGCGUCCAAGAAGCUGAUGGAGAAGGCGAUCCUGGCAUUGGACUACUCGCCAAAUGGCCAGCAGCUUGCUUUGGGUACACAUAUGUCCGUUGCCUUGUGGGAUCUGCAGUCGGAUGAACUUAAUUUGGAGCUGAACGUGACUGUCAGAUCGGAGGAAGCCAUGUUUAAAUGCGUGACCGUUGCCUACUCGCCAUGCGGUCAGUUUCUGGCAUCCUCCAACGCGGACUAUAUUGUGAAUCUCUGGCAUCGUCAGUUGACCGAAGGAGACAUUGAGAGCUGGCUUUGCGCAGGUGCGCUUCGUGUGUUUCAUACUUUCAUCGUGGACAUGUCAUGGAAUCCAGUUGUCCCGACGGAGUUCAUCACAGCCAGCAUGGAUGGAUGUGUCCGAGUAUGGCGAGUGUCGAGUGACGAUGGAGCCGUGACCGUGAGGAUGCUCCGGGGCACCAACCUUAGGACACUUUGCAGCACAGGUGUGGUUCUCGAAGGCGCGACUGGUCUGAGCCCGAUCCACCAAGCGUUGUUGGUACAGCGUAGUGCCUGUGGCAUGGGGAUGCUUUCAUAUGAUUAUGGAUCUGACGAUGGAUCUGAAGACGACGAUGGAUAUUACUAUGGAUCUGAAGAUGGCGAUGGAUAUUACUAUGGAUCUGAAGACGGCGGUGGACCUGAUAAUGGGUCUGACGACGACAAUGUGUCUGACGACGACAAUGUGUCUGACGAUGAGUCUGAAGAUGAGGAAUAG